UUUUUUUCUUGGUAGUCGGAAUCGGAAAGUCUUUUACUCUUUUCUUUUAACUACAGCUGCUUACAAACAGUAUCUUUUUUAGUUCAUAGGUGGUGUCUCAUAGUGACAAAUGAAAUGUAAACAAAUAAAAUGGCAGUUUCAAGAGAGAGUCAGAUCGACGCCAUUGAACUAGAUUCAGAAUGUUAUCAGCUUUUUCAGUCCCAAAUAAAUCAAUCCCUUACACAUUUACCGAUAAACAUCUUAAAGAAAAUUGAACCAGAGAUUUCAGCAUUACUCAAUCUUGCUGUUUAUGUGGUUCCUCUAUAUACAAGUUCUAGUCUGGUGAGCCAUGAACUCUUAGGAAUACAAUUUUCAAAGAAAACCAAUGGUUCUUAUAUACCCAAAAAAUGGUAUAUAUACAGUUUUACAUUAGUUGGAAUAAAUUGGAUUUCCAAUAGAUGGAACACUAUUUCAGGAACUAUCUUAAAUGAAAAUACGGUGCAGCCGGCUUCUCAAUUUCUGAACUGGUUGCAUAUUUCAGCAAAAAUACUUAAUCUGCUAAAUAGCUUAGUAUUCCUGAAACAAGGUGUCUAUCCUACAAUCCUCCACAGGGUUUUACAACUAAAAACAGAAUUAGUCAACCCAAAUGAGCCUAAAUCAGCAGAUCUUUCUACUUUAACCAGAGAGUUACUGUGGCAUUCAUUUUCUGAAAUGUUAAUGUUUGCAUUACCAUUGGUGAACGUCCAUCGCGCUAAAAGUUGGUUAACUCGUCUCAUUAAACUGAAAGAUGACAAUCCAUCGAUUACCGUAAGCAGAAACACUUUGUGUGCAGUUUGCAACGAAACGCCUAUAAUUCCGCAAGAAACGCAAUGUCAGCAUGUGUUUUGUUAUUAUUGCUUGAAGGCAAAUUUGGAAGCUGUAAGUGAAUAUACCUGCCCUCUGUGUUCCUUCCUUAUCGUUGCUGAUGACGGCCGGAAGGAGGAGGAUUAACUCAUGCAUACAGGAAUGGAGAAUGCUACAUAUUAUACAAAACAAUUGUGAUAUUGUCAACUGCUAGAUAUUCAAGCAUUGGAAGACAAUAGCAUGCAAUAUUCUACAACAAUCCUUUGGAUUGGAAUGGGGAUCAAUUUCAUUUCCUUUAUUUGCCUUUGUGACCUUGAAGUCCAAGUAUCAAAUUUUUAAAUGUUAUAGAAAAUUACACACGUUGAGAAUAGUAACAAAAUAGUAACAAAUAAGCUUGCAUAUAAAUUUAUCUCGCAAGGGAUAUUGAUAUAGAAGUAGGAAAUUCAAUUCUGUAUGGAAUGUAGACCGUUGUGCCAAUACAAACAUGAAUGUGA